AGCCCUUUUGGCUCAAGCGGCUGCGGGCCAGGUUCUCGCAUUUCUGCGUCGCGGCGCACCUGUUCUGCACCCCUAUGGCGGACCCGAACGGCAAGGAGGCGGGCCGGAAGUUCCUGGAGGAGAACAAGAGCAAGGACAGGGUGGUGACUUUGCCGUCUGGCCUGCAGUACAGGGUGCUCAGAGAGGGGCGCGGCAUGGAGCACCCGCUCGUCGGCACGCCCUGCGAGUGCCACUACGCGGGCAGGCUCCUCGACGGCACGGAGUUCGACUCUUCCUACAAGCGCGGAGCCCCCACGACCUUCGCCCCGAACCAGGUCAUCAAGGGCUGGACAGAAGCGAUGCAGCUGAUGGUGCAGGGCGACAAGUGGGAGAUGUACAUCCCCUACGAGCUGGCGUACGGCGAGAGCGGGAGUCCGCCCAAGAUCCCCGGCUGCGCGUGCCUCAUCUUCGUCAUGGAGAUCAUGAAGAUAAAGGGCGCGACGAAACCAGCCGAGAUCACUUUUCCAGAGUGGACGGAUGACCAGCUCAAGCUGUGGGAGGAGAAGGACGAGAAGUCGCUCGUGGACUGGCGCGAGGCCAAGGUGAAGGAGUGGGAGGACCCGGAGAAUAAGCUGAGGGAGAAGCACCCCUCGCGGGAGGAGCUGGACUCCUGGAUGGAGAGGCAGUGCACGACCGCCAAGAACAAGUCCCUCUGGAAGCGAACCCGCAGGAGCUACGAGUGAGCCGCAGGCCGCUGCCCCAGGGGCACGGCGCGGCCCCUCUCCUCGAGCCGGCUCCCCGUGCCUCUGCGCCCGCAGCUGCGCGUGCUCCUCCUCAUCCCGCCGGCACUCCUCCCUUCCGGCGCUCCUCCUCCUCCCCUUUCUCCCUGCCCCGGGCCUCCCCCGCCGCGCGCUGUCUCCCAGCACCCCUGCGCGCAGCACAGACCAUCGGAGGAUUGCGGUCCAAACAAAAAAAAAAGGAAGGCAUGAUCCUCCUCGUGCGCCCCUCCUCUUCCUCCUCCGCCCCCUCCUUGCAAGGACGCUGCAUGUCUAGGGACCAGGACCUCACCGCCUUUCGCGUGGAUCGCCGUUGGAUGCAUGAUUGCCCUUGAGGGGGCAGCAGGUGCCACGGUUUGGCGUGGAGAUCGGCAGGGACGUGGUGAGUACAGCACGGACGGGCUGCGCGAGCGUUCCGAUCCAGGCGCGCUUGAUAGCACACCACACAGAAUAAAUGAGUGCCCGUGUCAUGCCCAGCUCGACCCCUCCUGGAUGGUGCGAACCCGGAAGCUUUGCGAUCGAGCCUGCAGUGGCCUGGAUGUCUGCCACAACGAGUCCCUCUGGAUCCAUGGGAUCGUGCCCCGGUCCCGGCAUCAGUUCCCAGACGCCCC